UCCCCACACCUUGGCGAAGGGACGACACGAAGCCGGCCCCAUCUCAACUGUACGUCUUCAACUUCUAGAAGUCAACUUUUGACAACUCAAGGCGUUUCCUCCAGUGGUUAUCUGAGACGACACGUCGAAAAUGCCUCUUCCAAAGACCCACGAGUUGCACAUCUUUGGUUCCUUCAAUGGUGUUGAGUUUGACAUGGUUGGUCGCGGCAUCGGCAACCCUAAUGAGGGGUCUGAGGAACUUAACGCGAAGUUCACCAAGGGUCCCCUCAAGUUCUCCCCCUACAUACUGGUCCCUCACCUCGGGUACGCUUACUACCAGUACCUGCCCUUCCCUGACGGGAUGUCGCCUUUCCAGGCCGCCAUGCACGACGGCUCGGGCUAUCAAGUGCAUCGCACGAUUCAGUAUGAAGACGGUGCCUCCGUGACUGCCCACUACCGCUACACCUACGAGGGAAGCCACAUCAAAGGGGAGUUUCAGGUGAUCGGGACCGGAUUUCCUCCUGACGGUCCUGUGAUGACCAACAAGCUCACCGCUAUGGACUGGAGCGUGACCAAGAUGCUGUACCCGAACGACAAGACCAUCCUCAGCACUGCCGACUGUAGCUACACCACCACCGCGGGCAAACGCUACCAGAGCAAAAUGCGUGAAAACAACACCUUCGCCAAGCCGAUGGCGGCCGACAUCCUGCAGAAGCAGCCGAUGUUCGUGUUCCGUAAGUCGGAGCUCCAGCACUCCAAGACCGAGCUCACCUUCAAGGAGUGGCAGAAAGCCUUCACCGAUGUGAUGUGAGCAUCCAGUGUGUAACAUUUGACUGAAAACACCCUAAGAAGCAUCAUACAUUAUUUUCGUAAGCUUCUGGCCAAUACUGCAGUAAAAAGAAAAACGCCAUAUUGUCUUGGAAGAACUGGACAUAUCUAACACUUAUAAAACUUUUUCCAACCGGACUGAAGGCUUCAUUUACUUUGUUUGUAAAUGCUCAGCAAUCAGCUAUAAAUUUCUGACAUUCAUACUUUAACAAGAAAACACUUCAUCGACAGUGAAGGAACUGAUACCAUUUCCAAAAGCCACUGUUUUUACUUUGAAAGGGUGUUGAAAUAGUCAAAUGUAAAUCUGACUGGAUGUUUUCCAUCGUUUCUACGCAUACUAAUAUGAGUACUGCGGUGAAUAAGAGCUUUCGCUAUCUUAUAGAUUUAUAUACAAUAGAGUCUUAUGUGGUUAACAGAAUUGCUCUUAGAGUUUUCCUUUAGUAUGGAACGGCAUUUUCCUGUCCAUGUAGAUGUAGUAGAUUGUUUUCCACCAUACAUAUUCAUCUAUCCAAAUAUCAAAGAAAUGAUCGCCAUUUUGAAACUUGCUCUCGCGAGAGUACAGUCUGACGGGAAUGUGCAUGAGGUUGAAUCAGAGAGACACUUGCUGCGUCUAUGGAAAUGGAUCUGGAAAUAAGAUGCACAAUUCCCAUUUUGUAUCACCUUCAGACAGCUAUAUAAAUAUACAGACCUCUGAUUAAUUCUGGCUAGAAAAGAUCUGGUUCGUACUAACUCAACGAUAAACAACAGUAAAGCUGAAUAUGAUCUAAAUGUGACCAUUUCAGAAAAUACGUAUGUUCGUAUAUCACUUCAUAUACACAAAACAAAGGUCUACUUCCAAGCAUUGUUAGUGCUGUUCUACUUCUUUGCUUAUACUAAUAAAGGCUCUGGGCACUAUUGCAUA